AUGGCCGCGGCGAUGGCGGGGGCGCCGCUGAUCCUUAAACCCCGCUUCUCCCUUCUCAGAAACCCUAAUCCUCGUCUCCUUCCCUGCGCCUCUUCUUCUUCUUCUUCUUCUUCGGUUGAUCAGGCUUUUUCUCCUCUGCGCGGAGGAUGCUCCCGUCGGCUGUGGAUGAGAUGCUCCGCUGAGGGAGGCGGCGGGGGAGUGGCGCAGAGGGGAUUGGACUUCGAGCAUGAGAGAGUGGUUCAUCCAAAACCAGCGACGAUACCUUGGCGGAAGGACAUCGCCAACACUGUCCACCUCAUCGGCGUCGUCGGAACGCCCGUGCAGAUCAAGUACGUAAGUAGUGGCAAGGUCCUCGCGUGGACGCGCCUUGGCGUUAAGAAUUCCUCCACCGAGACGACCUGGUAUGUAUCGACUGAGGCCUCCACAACCCCCCCCUUUGGAUAUAUUGGAGGACUGGCGAGUGAUGGCAAACUGGUUGUUGCUCUGGUUGUGGCAUUUCGUUGAUGUGUAGCUCCUUUGAUGUAUGUCUCAGGAUUAGCCUGACACUGUGGGAUGAUUUGGCCCACGUUGCCUUCCAGCACGUAGAGAAAGGUCAGCAGAUAUAUGUCUCUGGCCGGCUCGUGUCGGAUUCUGUUGAAGGCGAUGACAGCAAGCGGCAAGUCUAUUACAAGGUGGAUUUCUGGUCUUCCAGUUUCUUGCUUCAUAUCAUAUCGCACCUUCUUUUUGUGUUUUUCUGUGUAUGAUUUAUUUUCUGUGUUUGAAUCGAAGGUGGUCGUUCAGCAGCUGAAUUUCAUCGAGAGGAACUUACCACAGGUGCCAUUAUAUGAGCCAGAUUCAGGCUCUCCGAGCAAAGGUGAUUCUCUCAUGACUUUCGUUUGGUGAAGAUAACGAACAGUUUGCCCACAUUCUGGUGAUACGUAUGUGGAAUGUUACAUUUGCCUUACAUUCUGUGUCUGCAGGUGGGAGGGUGGGAAAUUAUGCGAGCAAUCAGGGCAGUUCUCCUGAAGAAUUAUGGCAGGCAUUCUUUGCUAAUCCCGUGGAUUGGUGGGACAAUCGGAAGAACAAGGUCAGUGUGUUGGGUAUAUGAGAAAACCAUGUACGCCAUUUGCUUAUUUUCUGACACAGUGGAUCUAAUUGAUAACAAUAGGAAUGUUUUAUGGGACUAAAUAAUUAUUCAACGUGUGUUUACUCUUUCUGAUCACCAUCUAAACUUGUCUCAUUAAAGCCGUGGGCUUGGUUAUGUUGUAGGGAUCUUAAAGGUGCAUAUAUUUUCGUGCAUGUAUGUGCAUAAUGUUCGUGGCUUUACAUUUCUGGGUCUUUCCACAUAAAUAGAAAGAGUUGAGAUUCACUUUUGCAUCUGUAAACACACUUAAAGGUGUCACUUAGAUCCAGACUAUUGCCUAGAAGAGGUGUCCAUGCAACCUGCUCUAAAUGUAGGGGCCAUCAGAAUUUAUUUAGAAGCCCAAUGCCUAAUAAACGCCUUUGCUCUGUUAAACUGCAGCCUAUAGAACAAUUUCUUGGUCAGUAAAGAUGUAAGGUUAUAGGGUAAUUUGCUGACACUGAGUACCAAACUUUUGCUGAUUGUUUUCUUCUUUCUUGGGCUCUUAUGAAGAUUCUGCGGUGAAAGAUGGAAUUUUAUAUUCUUCUGACUUUCUAUCAAUCACUUGACCCUAGAAUAUUCUGGAAACCUUGAAAAGCUUUGUUCUUAGAUAAUCCAUACUCUACUUUUUGGAAUAAUUGGCUCAUUCUGUCUACCUACUGUUGUUUGGGGCUUAUCCUUUUUCAGAAAAAUCCUAAAUAUCCAGAUUUCAAGCACAAGCAUACUGGGGAGGCUUUGUGGAUAGAAGGCAGAUACAGUCCACCCUGGGUGAAGUCCCAACUUGCAAAAUUGGAUUCCAAGAUGAGAUCUUUCCAAUCAAAUAACACAAGUCCUUCCAUGUUCAUUCAUGGCAGUGAUCUAUCACAUUUCUGA